AUGGUAAAUGAAGCCUUAGGACUAGAUGAAAUUUUUGGAGAGUGUGAGGAUGAGAACCAGUGGCCUAGCUGCCUACAGGGUGAGGAUAUCAGUCAUACAUGGAGGAUGACAGAAAAAUCCAAUGGUGUGAAGAGUUCCCCAGCCAAUAACCACAACUUCCAUGCACCUCCUGCCAUCAAGGCCAAUGGCAAAGAUGACAACAGGACAAACAGCAGGCCACAAUCUACAGCAGAUGAUGACACCUCCUCAGAACUGCAGAGGCUGGCGGAGAUGGAUGCCCCCCAGCGGGGGAGGGGUGGCUUCCGCAGGUGGGUUCCACCACUGCCCUCCUGCUACCUGUUCUUGCCCAUGGGGCCUAUCAGAGUGGUUACCAUGAGUCUCUUUGUCUCACUCCAACUGAGCCUUUCUGCCAAGAUCCCUAGGAAGCAGUUUUCUUCUGAGGAGGCUCCUGUGAGCAAGCUAGAAGUGAUAGUGAGCUCUUGGGCCCGGGUCCUUUCUGAACAGUAUGAUUCUCCUCUCUGGCUCAUGCUCCCUGUCAUCUCUAGGAUUGUCCGCUUGGUGGGGAUCAUCAGAGAGUGGGCCAACAAGAAUUUCCGUGAGGAAGAACCUCGACCUGACUCAUUCCUGGAACGUUUCCGUGGGCCUGAGCUCCAGACUGUGACAACACAGCAAGACGAUGGCAAACGCAACAAGGACGGCGAGGGCGAAGGCACCAAGAAGAAAUUUGAACUAUUUGUCUUGGACCCAGCUGGGGACUGGUACUACCGCUGGCUAUUUGUCAUUGCUAUGCUUGUCCUCUACAAUUGGUGCCUGCUGGUGGCCAGAGCCUGCUUCAGUGACCUACAGAAAACCUAUUACCUAGUGUGGCUAGUGCUGGACUACUUCUCAGAUGUGGUGUACAUUGCAGACCUCUUCAUCCGACUGCGCACAGGCUUUCUGGAGCAGGGGCUGCUGGUCAAAGAUCCAAAGAAGUUGCGGGACAACUAUAUCCACACCCUACAGUUCAAGCUGGAUGUAGCUUCUAUCAUUCCCACGGAUCUGAUCUAUUUUGCUGUGGGCAUCCACAGCCCUGAGCUGCGUUUUAACCGCCUGCUACACUUUGCCCGCAUGUUUGAAUUCUUUGACCGCACUGAGACACGCACCAGCUACCCCAACAUCUUCCGAAUCAGCAACUUGGUCCUUUACAUCUUGGUCAUCAUCCACUGGAAUGCCUGCAUCUACUAUGCCAUCUCCAAGUCCAUUGGCUUUGGAGUUGACACUUGGGUUUAUCCCAAUAUCACUGACCCUGAGUAUGGUUACCUGGCUAGGGAAUACAUCUACUGCCUUUACUGGUCUACACUGACACUCACCACCAUUGGGGAGACACCACCUCCUGUAAAGGAUGAGGAGUACUUAUUUGUCAUUUUUGACUUCCUGAUUGGUGUCCUCAUCUUUGCCACCAUUGUGGGGAAUGUGGGCUCUAUGAUCUCCAACAUGAAUGCCACUCGGGCUGAAUUCCAGGCCAAGAUUGAUGCUGUCAAACAUUACAUGCAGUUCCGAAAGGUCAGUAAGGAGAUGGAAGCCAAGGUCAUUAAGUGGUUUGACUACCUGUGGACCAAUAAGAAGAGUGUGGAUGAGCGGGAAGUUCUCAAGAACUUGCCAGCAAAGCUGAGGGCUGAGAUAGCCAUCAAUGUCCAUCUAUCCACCCUCAAAAAAGUGCGCAUCUUCCAGGAUUGUGAGGCUGGCCUGCUGGUGGAGCUGGUAUUGAAGCUUCGUCCUCAGGUCUUCAGCCCUGGGGAUUAUAUUUGCCGCAAGGGUGAUAUUGGCAAGGAGAUGUACAUAAUCAAGGAGGGCAAGUUGGCAGUAGUGGCUGAUGAUGGUGUUACUCAAUAUGCCCUGCUCUCAGCCGGGAGUUGCUUUGGAGAGAUCAGUAUCCUUAACAUUAGGGGCAGCAAAAUGGGCAAUCGACGCACAGCCAAUAUCCGCAGCCUUGGUUACUCAGAUCUCUUUUGUUUAUCCAAGGAUGAUCUUAUGGAAGCUGUGACUGAGUACCCUGAUGCCAAGAAGGUCUUGGAGGAGAGGGGCCGGGAGAUCUUGAUAAAGGAGGGACUGCUAGAUGAGAAUGAGGUGGCAGCCAGCAUGGAGGUAGACGUGCAGGAGAAACUAGAGCAGCUGGAGACAAACAUGGAGACCUUGCACACUCGCUUUGGCCGCCUGCUGGCUGAGUACACGGGAGCCCAGCAGAAACUUAAGCAGCGCAUCACCAUUCUGGAAACCAAGAUGAAGCAGAACAAUGAAGAUGAUUACCAUGAUUACCUGUCAGAUGGGAUGAACAGCCCUGAGCCAGCUGCUGUUGAUAAGCCAUAAGGUCUUGGGCCCAACUGCCUUACCAGCCUUGUCCUUGACCCCAGGAACUAGAAGAGCUGUGUAGGUGUCCAUAUUUGUAUGCAUUACCCUCUUGAAUUCUCCCCAAAGCCUCUCUGUCCUAGGUUUUUGGCUCAAUCAUCUAGGAGCCCUCCUCCAGGUCCAGCUAAUAGCCAAGCUUAUGCACAAAGUAGACCAUGUUGGCUCAGUUUCCAGGAGCUUUAGCCUGUCCAAGUCUGAGGAAGAAAGAGAGGAGCAUAUGAACUGUCUUCAAGGGGUCUGUCCUAGGGCUGGAAGCCUGGGCAAUGAUCUGUUUUGAAGAAGCAAAUCUGCAGGACAGUGUGUACCCUAAUGUGAAACUGCCCUCUCUCCCGGGUCCUUUGCACAUAGCCACUUCCCAUUUGGUUCUGGCCCUUGCUUUUCUAAUAUGUGUUGUGAAUAUCCCCAUUUUCCUGCACAUGUAUGUAGUUCAAGAAAUGACUACAGACAGCACAGGUACCCAGUGUCUGUAUCCCAAGGCAAGGAAAGGAGGGGGGCAGGUUGAAGAGUGUUCUCUUAGGGGUGCCACUCCAUCAGGCACUCCAAGUCCUAGUCUGUUCAUCCAUUUUAAUGUUGCCAUCCAGGAGUAAGGUCUCUGCAUGCUUCUCUGGACCAGGGAGAUGAUUAUUCUCCUUGUUUCUGGUCCAUUCCAAGGCAGGGAGUGAGGAGCAAGGAAAUGCCACCUGGAGAAGGAGGUGGGUGGGAGCUCUGGCCAUCACCCCUCUAUACAGAACAUUACUGAAGAGGCCCUGAGGCUGGCAGUGUGUGGGAGGCUCUUCAAGUUCAUAUCUGCAGUAGAGGCGCUUAUAAGUUAAUAAAUUAAUUUAAA